AUGACAGAAUCAUCGGACUCGGAAGCUCAGAAAGAUGAGAUGGAGAAGAACACGUCACAGCUGGCUGCGGGUCCAGCUCCGGCACCCACCGAACCUGCAGCAACAUCCGCCGUUUCCUUCCAACCUACCCGGCCCCUGUACAUUCCGCAGUUUACCGCAGCUACCCAGAUGAUUCUCAAACGGAUGAAGGGCGAGCCCAGCAGUCUUAGUGCGGCCUUGUCACAAGCCGCUCGUUCCCCGUCCCUCACAGCCGGCAUUCCCUCGGCAACUUAUGAAGAUGUCAAGAGGCGCCUAGUCAUGGGCAUGACCACCUCGACCCAGAUGACGAUACAAAUGCCCGCCGCACCCCCUAUCCGGGUCCCGUCAUCUGCUCUUCCAGCGCCCAGAACAGCCGCUGCAAGACCACCGAGCAGCACAGUCGGCAUGAGCGCCAUCAGGAAGGUUACGGCUGGCCUGACAGCCUCCUCCAAGCCGUUGCCUAUCAAGCCCGCCAUCUCCAAGAUAAAGACUCUUUCCUCAGAAAGCAAGAUCAAGAAGACAAAACCCUCCACCGGCCCGCGUGGCCCCAAACGCAAACGCACCAAGUCUCAAGCCGUCGACGACGACUCUGCCGACGAAGCAGCCUCAUCCCCCACCACCUCCUCCUCCAGCAAUUCAUCCACCCCUGAACCCCCUACCUCAACCCACUUCGAUAGCAACUCAACCACGUUUUCCACCCCCCCAAUCCCGCUGACAAUGACCAAAUCCGGCCGCCAGGUCCUCAAGCCAGCCGCCUACAACCCGGCCGCCAUGGACGCCGCCAGCAAGCGGGCCCGCGUGCCCGCCCACCACUACGGCAAGCGCACCGCCGAGCAAGCGCUGUGCCGCAAGUGCAGCCGCAUGCACAGCCCUGCGGCCAACCAGAUUGUGUUUUGCGACGGGUGCAACGACGGCUGGCACCAACGGUGUCAUGACCCCUGGGUCGGGGACGAUGCCGUGCGGGAUGAGGGGCGGGCGUGGUUCUGUAAGACCUGUGCGUUGAAGCGGGAGCGGAGGGGGAAGGGCGAGCAGCAGGGUGGUGGUAACACUAAUACCAACGGUGGUGGUGGGAGUGGGAGUGGGAGGGUCGGAAAAGGGGAGAGGGAGAACCAGAAAGAGAGCUGGGCGGGGAGGCCGGCGGCGGCAAAACGGGCUUAUCUGUCGACGCUGCCGCAGCGGGAGCUGGUCGGGUUGCUGAUGGCGUGUUUGGAGGCGCAUCCGGACCUGCCCAUCUUCCCGGUUUCGCUGGGCGGUGAACACCACCAAGCGAGUACGGAGCCCGGGUCGCUUUUCGCGGGGACUACGACCGAAGGCUUGUUCUCACGCGCCGAGACGCAUCCUACGGGCCAGAUCAACUACGUGAGGAAGGUUGUGGGGAACGGAGCGGGCAAGGGAGGGAAAAGGAGGUCGGCGUCUGGUGGGAAGGGAAGUCAGAAAGAGGAGAGCCAGGAGAGGAUGAACGAGGAGGAUGAGGAGAGUGAUCCGCUUGCUGCGCUGUGGCCGCGGGCCGGGAUGGGCAUGUACGCCCGCCUGCCGCCGGACAUGGAGGAUGAUGGGCGGCUGGUGGAUGUGGGGGACUUUGAGGCGUUCAGUGUCAUUGUCUAUGAUGAACGGGGGAGGAAGAUUGAGGAGAAUGGCAUGAAGAAACAGCAGCAGCCCCAACCCGCCAAGGAAACGCGCCUGAAUGACCUUCCGCUGGAGAGCUGCCGCAUCCUCCAGGAUACCGAAGACGUUUCUAUCGACUACUUGGUGGCUAGCUACGCCCUCAUUCGACAGUGGUGUUGCUAUCAGGCGUACUUGCAGGGCGUAUGGGGCGAGUGUGCCUACGAUGGCUUGAACACUGCGGUUGCCGGCGCUGUUUCCAACUUGGCCAUCGCCAUGAUCCAGCGAUCUGCAGCGGAGACGUUUGUCGGCUUCCCUGGCGACGACGCUUAUGAGACCGUUAUACAAACCAUGACUGAGGGUGACCCGGAGAAGGCACAGGGCAUUCUCAAACUGUCCCGUCUGAACGUGGCGUAA